AUGACAGAAGAUAAUGAAGAAACUUUUUUAUCUUCAGUUCAACAAUUGUUAACAUUAUCUAUAUUAGUAAAAACUUACAGAGAUAUUUAUUUUAAUAACCAAAAUACAGAAAGUGUUAUUAAAUUUUUUAAAAAUCUUGAAAUUCUUCCUAUAAUACGUCUUUGUUUUAAAUGCCAAAAUUCUAUGCAUAAAACAAAAGAUAAUUCCUCUAAUGAUAAACAAAAAUGGACUUGUACUUCAAAAACUGCUUAUGGUCAUGCUACUACUAUAAGGGCAAGAAUAUGGUUAGCAAGAUCUAAACUGUCUUUUGCUCAAAUUGCUAAAAUUAUGUUUUGCUAG